AUGUUGGAUCUCAAAUCGGAUCGGGCGGGCAGAUUGGGGUGGGGUGUAAACACAGACGAAAUGUUGGACCUCAAAUCAGAUCUGGGCGACGGAUCUGGGCCGGUAACAUCGUUAGACGGUGGCUCUGCAGCAGCCGUGGAGACGAGAGCGAGAAACGAGAGAGUUGUAGAGAGAAGGAGGAGAGGAGAGGAGAGCAAGAAGAGUGACGACGGUGAUUGUGGCGGCGGUGUAGGCGUAGAGAAGAUAGAAGGGAGGAGGAUGAGAGUGGAGAGUGUCCGAGUUAGUAAUGAGCUUGGAGCAGCGAACCCCAAGUCGGCAGCUUUCUCGGUUGUUGUGGUAAAUACCGUUUCUGUCAUUGUUUCCGUGUUGGUUGCAGCCAUCGUGUUAUGGCAACGACAUAAUAUUAGCUACAUAUUCACGAAUGGUACCACGGUUUCCAAUGCAGUCUCUGAACUCUGUCCAUGCUUAGGAGUCACUCUCAUUCUCAAUGGCAUUCAACCAGUCUUGUCCAGGGUGGCUGUUGGCUGUGGAUGGCAAGCAUUUGUUGCCUAUGUAAAUGUUGGGUGUUUCUACAUUGUGGGAGUUCCAGUUGGUUGUCUUCUGGGUUUCAAAUUCAACUUUGGAAUUAAGAUAUUCAUGCUUGUAGGGAAUAUGGUCCGGAAUGAUUGGAGGAACAAUGAUGCAAACCAUCAUAUUGAUCUGGGCGAUAUUUCGAACUGA